UCAGCAUCAGCAGCAGCAGCAGCAGCGCGGAGCGAGCGGCGGCAGCGACACCGACGCCGGGAACUAGCGGGACCAGAGGUGCCGGUGGCCGGCUCCGGGAGAACCGAGCCUCCUCCCCGACCAGAGGUGCCGGUGGCCGGCUCCGGGAGAACCGAGCCUCCUCCUCGCCCGCAGCAGGGAGGAUGAAGAAGAGCAACCAGAGCAGGCGGGGCGUCCAGGACUCCGGUCCGCUGGUGGUCCAGCAGCCAGAGAAGGUGGGCUGGAUCCGGAAGUUCUGCGGUCGCGGCAUUUUCAGGGAGCUGUGGAGGAGUCGGUACGUGGUGCUGAGAGGAGACCACCUCUACAUCUCAGACAAAGAGGUGAAAGACGAGCGCAAAGCGCAGGAAGUGUUUGACCUGGCUCAUUAUGAGCGUUCAGAGGAGUUGAGGAAGGCAAAGAGUCGCAGCAAGAAAAAUCACAGUCGCUUCACCGUCUUACGCUGCCGACAUCCGGGAAACCCGGUUCCUAACCUGGUUUUUCUUGCGGUGAGUCCCGAGGAAAAGGAAUCAUGGGUCAAUGCCCUCAACGUGGCCAUCAUCAAAGCCAAGAACAGAGUUUUAGACGAGGUGACCACUGAGGAGGACAGUGCGCUUGCUCAUCCCACCAGAGACAGAGCCAAAAUUCAACAUAGCCGGCGUCUGCCGACCAGGGGACACCUCAUGGCCGUGGCGUCAACGUCCUCCCAUGGCAUGUUGACCCUGGACCUGGUUGCAGAGGAGGACGGCUUCUCCCUCGACUAUGACGACGACUUGUGUGAAUCCUGGGAGAACGGGUUCCGGGUGGACCUGCAGAGGGGGAGCUCUAACGGAGGCGUGCGUCAGCGAUCUGGCACCGACGUCUCAAAGUUGCGGGUGACUUCCAAAGAGCCAAAGCUGAAGACCAGCAGCCUUCCCAGGGGCAGUGAGCGGUCCUGGGGCAAGCAGCUCCAUCUGGAAACCUCCAAGGGCCACAAAAACCAGCAGGUCCUCGAGACUCAGUCUCGAACCCCGCAGCCAGGAAAGAGGUUCAGCAUGGAGGGUCGGAAUCGCUGUGCUUCCAUGGAUGAAGUCCACUCCUCCAGGCCAGCAAUGAUUCGCUCCGAGUUUCGCUCGGCUCUGCGUCGCUGCACGACGGAGGAGGAAGCCGGGGCGGCGUCGGCCCAGCCGGUGGGUCAGCUGCAUAGCCUGAUCGCUCAGAGGAUGCAGAGAGCCCAGGAGCUGCUGGAGGAGAUGAGGCUGCAGGAGCUGCAGAAGGCCAAAGCAGAGCGGGAGCGAGGAGGCAGUUCCACAUACCUGAAAGGCUUUGAAUCCCCUCGACUCCAUCACCUUAGGGGCUCCGACUCUCCUCACUCAAGCAGGUCUUCCGUAUCUCCAAAGAGCAAAAGCAGCGACUCCCCUCGUCUCCGGGGAAAAGACUCUCCUCGUAUGAGAGGAAGAGAAUCUCCUCGAUCCAAAGCCAAGAGGAAUCGCCCAAAAGGGACUGACUCUCCUCGCUCCAAAGGAUCCCAGUCACCUGCAACUAAAGCUGGCGACUCUCCUCGACUGAAAGAUUCACAUCAUUUGACUGAUUCUCCUCGCUCAAAGAGCUCAGACGCAGUCCACUCAAAACUCAGGGGAUCGUCCAGUUCCUCUUCCAGCAAGCAAAGCGACUCUCCCGUCCAGAAGACGUGCGAGUCAACCCCACGCAUCAGUGAAGCCGAGCCCUCUCAGGGUACAGGACCUGAUUCCCCGCAGGCCAGACUAAUCCAGUCCCCCCAUCGAGGGAGCAGGAAGCAGUCUCCUUGUCAGAGUCCAAACUCUCCUAACGUGUCUGAUUCCUGUGAUUCCUCCCAGGGCAAAACCCCUGAGCAACACCGCUCCUUCCCUCAUCGGCCUCCCUCUCAACUUACGGAGGAGGAAUUGGAGGUGGAGAGGAACCGGGCGGAGGCCGAGCGUCUGUUGGAGGAGGCUGUAUCAUCUUGGAAAGAAGCGCAGGAGGUUCUGCAGGAGGUGAUGGAGCUGCAGAGCCAGACAUUGAGACGGCAGCGUAGGAGGACGUACGAGAAGAUGACGUCGUCGUCGUCAGCAGCGGCCGGACUGCCCACAGCAACCGGAGCAGCAGAAGAUGAAGACGCCCCGGCCUCGCCCACCUCGCCCGAGGAUGAAGACGAGUCGGAGACGCUUUGAUACGGAUGUACAAAUGUCUAUUCAGCAUUCUCAGUGGAGACAGAAUCCUUUUCCAGCAUGCUUAUGCACAAAAAAGAGAUGGGAUUUGCUUAAUUUGAGGGUUUUUAAUUCUGUUGCAAAUCUGGGGACGGUGAGAUGCAUGUGACCACCUCAGCAAAUGUGGAUUAUUUUAAAACCAGUAAUAUAAUUCUUCCCGGGAGGUUUAAUGACUGUAAUCCUCCGGAAUGCACUAUGCCAUCACCAGGGACAAGCCCUCAUACUUGUGCUGCCCGUUUAUUCAAGGAAGCGUGCCCAUGUGGCAGAUGUGUCACAUUUCAUUUCAGUAAAUACAGUUUUAAUGGAGAGCAGCUCCCCUUCACUUUCUAUGACGGUGCACGUCUUUCCACUUCCUCUCUUUUUGCUGAAAGUAAAGCAAAAAUGAUUUUUUUGAUGCGAAAAAAAGUUUGAGGCUUUUAAAGAAAGACAGUCACAUUUUCCAAGUAAAGAUGUCAACAUUUGUACAAUGAAAAAUGUUUUUAAUAUCACAAAAACACAAAGACACUGAAGAGCACUGCCUUCCUUUUAAAGUUAAAAGAUACAAAAAUAUGGACUUCCUACACUACACUGGUUCUUUUUUAUUUUACUGAUCUAUUUACUGACAUUUAUUUAAGUCUUCUUGUGCGCAAUUAUUUUAAAACAAUCUUAUAAAUGGCUGGACCCCGGUUUAGUUGUAGCUUUUUGUAUAUGCCCAAAAAAUGUCUUUUCCUGCUCACUUUUGGUAUUUUUAAAAUUGUAGAAAGUUUUGUCAGGCCACAGCAAUAAUCAGGGAGUUUAAUGUUUUACACGAAAACAAGCAAUAAUGAACAGAAAGAAUAUCUUUGUUCAUAAUUUGUGUCUGAGUCGGAGCAGCAGACGCGUUAUAAACACUGUGCACUAUGACUGAAUACCUUUGCAACACUAUCACUUUACCACAGUUUUAAUGUGUGGUUAAACAUAUUUGUGAAUAUGUAGCGUUUUUUUCUUAAAUAUGGAAAUCAUUAGGAUUUCCUUUGCACAGUACCAAUCUGACGAAUGCUGGAUUUUUGAUGCAAAUUUUUUUUAUUUUAUUUCCACCAGCAAUUCAGUUUUUAUGAAUAAAAACCUCAUGAAAAUAUUAAUUCAUCAAGGAUACUUCCAAACAUUUUUUUUAUAGAAUUAUAAAUAACACACACGAUGAGAAAAGCAUUUCACUUCAACAAAAUAAAAACAGACACUUCCAAAACAUUAGCCAGGAAUUACAUUUUUUAAAACGAAUAGCACAUGAAAUCCUGCAGGUUUUUUUCUGUUCCUUGACUGAACUAUAAUUCAGUCAUGUUCAGUUAACUUAUGUAACAAUUUAUAUGUGCCACUGUGAUUCAUUGUAAAUAUUAUUAACAUACAUGACUACAUUUUUUAAUUGCUAACAGAAGAAUCCGUUGCGGAUAUGAAGCAGUUGGGACGUUUGUGUGUCACGGUCAUGAGAAGCUGUCAAAGUUAGCACACAUGAACAUGAACAAAUAAAAUAGGUACAUUGAUCACAACUCAAAAUCCCUCUGGGUUUGUUAUAUAAUGGAGCCUAAAUCAUCUAUUUCCUGUGUGUGGGGUGAGCACCCUGUUUGUCCUCCCCCUCCCACUGCUUCCCGCUUCUUCUUCUCUUACUGGUUUUGGAACUUUUAUUUAUUGCUUAAUUAGUUGUGCACCUCAUUAAAUGACAGCUAGAUGGCCAGAACAAUAUAAGAGUGUUUAAUAACAUUUUGGAGGUGUCCCUCAUGCAGCCAUAACAGCCCUGAGCCAUGAGACAUAUGAGACGUGUCUGCAGGACAAUAACAGGGAACACACGUCCUAUGUCCUCCCUCAGGACCGUUCUGUUAGACACUGCUAAGCAGGGGACAUGAAAGAACAUUUCGUUGUAAAAUAUUUUGUAAGUUACACCAUCUGUUAAUAGUUAAAAUAUUGUGACUGUUGAUUUAAAGGAAUAUUCCUGAGAUAAAGCAAUGUCUACCGUCAAAAGGUAAGUAGUAUACACUGUUGUUACGGAUCAAAACUAUGUGACUCAAAGUAGUUUUGACUGGGAAAGGAAGAGAGUUCAAGGCUUCUGUUACCAGUAACUGGAUCACUACUGAUUUUGUACACAUUCAAUAUUAAAAUGCCAUUUAUUUUGAUGUAGGUCUAUUGCCACAAGGGCUAAGAUCAGUUGUCAUGUUGCUGCAAACAUAUUUUGUUCUCACUCAGAACAGCUUUGGUUCAUAUUGCUUUGGUUUUAACUCCAGAAUGUUAUUAUAAAGUUCCAGAGUACAUGGUUUUGUCACAUCUAGUGGCUCAAAUUGCAAAGUGCAACUAAUAGUGGCCAUUAAAUAAGCCAAAGACCCACUCUAUACCCUGUCUUUGAGUGUUUAAUAUGUACCAUCUAAGUUACUGGUAGUAACUAAGUGAAUAAGAAAGAUCACUGGUCAUCAAUCAUGACACCCUGGUUUUUUUGCAAGCUUUAUAGGAGCAACAGUAGAAGCAAUAUUUAUAUUGAUAUUGUGGUUGAUGGAUUAAUGUGCAGGGAGGACUAAGGUGGUGUUUCUUUAUCCAUGCACUAGGUCAGAGAGGCUGAGGUUCAUGCAGAGAUUGUGGGGUCACCUGGAAUAUAAUAAUAUAUAUAUAAUAAUAACAGGUAUAACUGCAUAUCAUCUGCAGUGAUAUGAGAAGAUAAUGGGCCCAGGGAGGUGUUGUACAUGGCAAAGAGAAAAGGGCACAAAGACCGAGCCCUGGGGUACCCCUGUGGAGUGUCGGAUGAGGACAUUUGUCCUUGUCAUGACAUUUCAAAUCAACACCCGGUGAGACAAAACUCGUGAUUCAUGAUUCAACACAACUCAAAACAUAUUUCCUUCAGUGAACCAUACUUUACCUUUAAAUUUGUUUUUUCAGUGUGAAAACAUAUGGCUGGGAGAAAAAUUAAUCUCACCUCUUUAAAGAACGUAAUUGGAACUGAACUUAAGAUCAUCUCAACGCAUUUUUCUUUUUCAAUUCAAUUCAAUUCAAUUCAAUUUUAUUUGUAUAGCGUCUAAUUCAACAGAUGUUGUCUCUAGACGCGUUUUUUCACCUUAUACACGUGAUAGCUGUACUUAACAAAUAAUUACUAGUAUAAUAAAGUUGCACGAGUUGAUUGAGUUAUCAAACAUUCAAACAGAAAGUUGUCACAAAAAUGCAAAUAACAAAAAAGUAAGAAAUUCAAUUCAAUUCAAUUUUAUUGGUAUAGCGUCUAAUACAACAGACGUCUCUAGACACUUUCCAGAGACCAGAACAUGAAACCCGUCCAUUGGGUCACAGUCAACAAAAGGUGCAAUAUGCAAUAUAAUAAUUGUUUGAUAUUGAUAUUCACAUUUAUCCUUCUCAGUGUGAAGGAUGCUGGUGUCUCAGUAUUUCCCUUUUUUUUCUCUUUUUUUAGUCCAGGUCGAGUGUUUUGCAUAUUUGCGAUAAAUAUUGAAAGCAUGCAUAAGAAACCAGCAACAAUGAAAGAAAGACAUUACAUUACAGAUUAUUUGUAAUGUGAGUGAGGAAGUUGAAUAGAUUGGUUGAAUAAAUAUUUGAAUUUAUUUUCAUGCUGAUUAAAAUAGGUUUUGUGAGCAGAAUCUAAUGCUGCAUUCACUGGUAAAUAUAGAAAAGCAAGUUAUUAUUGUUAUUAUUUUCUUUUUGCUGACUUUACUUGACUGUAGAUCUAUUUGUUGAUGUCUUUGAAUGAUGUUAUUUGAAUUACUGUAUACAGCAAUGCAUUGUGGGUAAACUGCACCAAAGCAAACCCUGCUGGUUUUCUGUGUGGAGUGUCCGGAGCUCAUUGUCAUAUGUCAUGUACAAUAAGCUAAACUGUCAGUGGGGUGAGAAGUUUCAUCUGCUCUGUCUUAAAAAACUCAGAAAACAUGUCAGCGUCAUAGUCCUUUCAACACAUGGACGUUUUUUUACAAAGUUUUUAAGUCAGAUGGACUACUUCUCAGCGCACUGGAUACGGUUUUUUUCUUGUUUCAAUAAAAAG